CACUACCAUAAUUGUUCAUCAUCUGUUUCUCUCUUAUAUAGCAGUACCGCCUCUCAAUUUUGAAUAUUAUAUUCAAAAUAAAAAAAAUACCCUUGAAAUUAGGUAUAGCAAAAUUCCAUAUAUAGAUAGGAUGGGGAGAGGGAAAGUAGAGGUGAAGAGGAUCGAGAACAAGAUAAAUAGGCAGGUUACCUUCGCCAAGAGAAGAAAUGGAUUGCUCAAAAAGGCCUACGAACUCUCUGUCCUCUGCGACGCCGAGGUUGCUCUCAUUAUCUUCUCCACCAAAGGCAAAUUAUAUGAGUUCUGCAGCACUUCUAGUAUGUCCAAGGCAGUGGAGAGAUACCACAGAUGUAGCUACGGUCAAACUGAAGCAAAUCAAUCUCCCAAUAAUGAUCAGCUGGAUACCUAUGAAGAGUAUCUGAAGCUUAAGGAAAGAGUUGAGGCUCUACAACAAUCUCAGAGGCAUGUUUUAGGGGAAGAUUUGUCACAGUUGGGCAUAAACGAGCUUGAUCAACUUGAACAUAUCUUAGAUGGAACGUUAAAACAAACACGGUCCAGGAAGAAUCAUAGUUUGUGUGAUAAGCUUUCUGAUCUUCAGCAAAAGGAAAGAAGUUUGUUGGAGCUUAAUGCAGCUUUGAUGAAUAAGCAGCUUGAAGGAAAUAGUGCACCACUUGAAUCAACAUGGCAAUUACAACACGACCUUAACGCACAAUACCAGCACCCUUACUUUCUGGAUCCCAACUACACACCAGAAAUCCGCAGACAUGACUCCAUUGUAGCAGCAGAUAACGUGAGAGAUAAUGGAAAUGAGCACUUACAAUGGGGAGGGCAAGGCGCGGCUUCCCCAUUGUGGGGUUCAGGGACUAGCGAGGAUGGGCGGGAGGUUGUGUGAGCGGCACGAGGAUAAGAUGGGCAAAAAGAAAAUAAAACAUCUCUAUUAAGGCGGAAGGGAGGGAGUACUAUUUUAUCUAGGAAAUUGAAUAUCACUUCCGUGUAUAAUCAUUUAUUUUCUGAUUUAGAGCACCAAUCUUGAAGCUAUAUUCAAGAUUGGAUGGGAUGGGCAAUUGAUGCGCUCGGGCUGGCCACGAAUAUAUAU